UUAAUUUUAUGGAAGCAGAUCUACAGGUUAUUAUAAAGGAUACAAGUAUUGUGUUGACACAGUCUCACAUCAAGGCAUAUAUGCUGAUGACACUUCAAGGAUUAGAAUAUCUGCAUCAACACUGGAUUUUACACAGGGAUCUUAAACCAAAUAACUUGCUGUUAGAUGAAAAUGGGGUUUUAAAAUUAGCUGACUUUGGCUUGGCAAAAUCUUUUGGAAGCCCAAAUAGAGUUUAUACACACCAGGUAGUAACAAGAUGGUACCGAGCCCCAGAACUAUUGUUUGGGGCUAGAAUGUAUGGUGUUGGUGUUGAUAUGUGGGCUGUUGGUUGUAUUUUAGCCGAAUUGCUCCUCAGGGUUCCUUUUUUGCCUGGAGACUCUGAUCUUGAACAGCUGACAAGGAUAUUUGAAACACUGGGCACUCCAACAGAAGAGCAGUGGCCUGGGAUGACGAGUCUUCCAGACUAUGUCACAUUUAAAUCUUUCCCUGGAAUGCCACUUCAACAUAUCUUCAGUGCGGCUGGUGAUGAUCUGCUAAAUCUUCUUCAAGGCUUAUUCACAUUUAAUCCUUGCACUAGGGUUACAGCUACUCAGGCAUUGAAACAGAAGUAUUUCAGUAAUCGACCAGGACCCACUCCAGGAAAUCAGCUGCCAAGACCCAACGGUCCUGCAGAAGCUGUGAAGGAGCAACAAAAUGCACUUUUAAAUUUAAAAAGGAAAAAAACAGAAGGAAUAGAUCGAGGCCCGAAGAUUGCAGUAAGAGAUGGAAGGAGAUCUAACUGGGAAAACUAUACUAGCCCUCCUGUCAGCCUGUGGCUGUUAAACCAUUCGUAGUGCAGAUACUGGACUCAGCUUUGCCUGAAUUCCAGCGUGGUGGGGUUGCAAAGUGUCUGCUGGGUAACCAAACUUCUUCAAUGGAGAAAAACAAGCCCAUAGGCACUGUUGAUGCAGCUUAACAGUGUUGUGGAGUGGAUCUUAGGAAUACCUAGUGAGCUUUUGUCAUUUUCCCACCUGCAAACCACUUUCAGUGUUCUGUUUUCUAAUUUUUGUGGCAAGUGUUUUAGUACAAGAUUUUGAGGCUUGUGGAGGAGUAGCAAUCAUCAUCUUCCUUGUGUGUUCCUUCAUUUAACUCCUGCUUUAAGCCAAUGUGAGUACGCGGCUUUGUAAAGGAGAAUCACUACUCUCCCAGUACCCUACUGUGUUCUGUAUUGGCUAUUGGCAGUUGAAAAGUAAACAAAUUUCUUAAAAUCUAAUUAACAGUGUAGAGAAAAUGUUUAUCCAUUAAGAGUAGUUACAGCAGUUUUUAUUGUCCAUGUAAUCAAACAUCAUCAUCUUCCUCAUUGCAGGCUAGGGGAUUAAGAAAACUACAGUCCUACUUCUCAUAGGCAUAUGUUCAAAAAUAUGUUAAUCUGAAUAGGGAAGAGGAGUUAGGAGUACUGUAAACUUUUUUACAUUGAACUUUUCUAUGGCAGCAUUCUGACUGGUCUUCAAAGCCUGAAACCUUGAGCACCUGAAACAGAUACUGCAUUUUUUGGUAUCCCAACUAUUGGGUAUAACAGGUAAAGUUUGUAUGGCAGUGACAAUUUUAAAUAUUCUAUCAGUUCUGCUUUGGGAGUAACACCAUUCUUUGUAAAAUGCUCCAUCUGUCUAGACAAUACCCUUCCCUGAAGGAAACUUUUCCAGCAGAACCAUUAGCAAUCCUCUAAGCUCCGAUUGGCAAAAGUUGUAGAGUAGGUACAGAGGUAGAUGGGCAGUCAAUAUUUUAAUGUAUAGAGCACGGUUGCGGUGCUCUGUAAGAGCAGAGUUGGAGUGAGAGGGUAUUUUGUGACCAAAGCUAUUGUCUUGUGUGCUUCAAGUCACGUGUUUGCCACAGUAGACGCUCAAAAAUAGCAGUGCUUAUAUAAUACAAGUUCAGGAGCUGUUUCCUUCUAGCUUCCGCACAGCAAUUCAUUUGGCAUGCUGUGCACUGCAUGUAUGGUUGGGGCCUGUUCUAUACCAUGAGGGUGUGCAGUAAAUCUUGUUUUCGGUUGAGUUCCUGAAUAAGUCUGCUCAUGUCAGGGACUAAAAUUGCCUUGCUCUUAAUGAUGGUGUUGUGCAUAGAUAAAAUGUAUGUACAUCUUAGAGUAUUAUAAGAUUAGAGAACGGUUCAGCACAAUAUUUUUUCUUGAUCUCAGGCUUUUGGAUAGUUUGAUUUAACUUUUGUGAUUUACGUCAGAACAUUGGAGGAAAUAUUUGGGAUUUGUAAAUAUAAUAUGCAAUCAUGUGCAAUCAGUCAUCUAAAUAUUGUUUAAUUUAACUCAUUACUUGGUUAGUUUGUAAGCUUUAUAUCAUGCUAAUCAUGCUUCAGCAUUGACAAUCUGUUUCUUAUCACGCCAAAUUGUUGAAUAUACAGCUGCUACAAUCUAUUUGGCUUCUGUUCAGAAGCACAACAAUCAAGGGUGCUUUCACCCUGCAAUAUGCAUUGCUUGUGCAAAAGUCUAAGUGGUACACUUGAGCAAACAGGAACAUAAUCCAAAUGCCUUCUCUGUUGGGUUGAGACAGUUCUUCUGCCCUUACCAUCUUUUUAUUAUGUCUUACUGCUGUUUCUUCCUGAAAGGUUAGUACUCCUCUUUGCAAACAUGAUGGCAUUUACCUCAAGAUUUGAUGGAAUUUGAGUGACUUCUAUGCAUUCUACUGGUAUUGUUUAUAUAAUUGAAUGAGAACUUUGUUUUUUUCUUCCACUUUGCUGCCACAAUAAAUGUAGCAAAAUUCAUUGUAUGAGCACACAAUACAGAAAGUUUUGUUUUAAACAAAACUGACUUCAUUUUUUCACAGAUACCGGGAUUAGUUGUGGUGGUGUGGCAUGGAGAACAAGGACCGUUAGCUAUCACAUUCUUAUCUGUCUCCUUGGUUCUUGAUUGAUUCUAAUGCUAUGUGAUCUUUGCAGCCUUUUUGUAUUGACAAA